AGAGACAUGGCGACACCUGGCCAGUGUAUUGUGAUCACUGAUGAGGAGCAAGGGUACGACCUGGACCUCUUCUGCAUACCAAAGCACUAUGCAUGUGACUUGGAGCGGGUCUACAUCCCUCAUGGACUCAUUUUGGACAGGACAGAGCGAUUAGCAAGGGAGAUUAUGAAGGAAAUGGGAGGGCAUCACAUUGUAGCCCUCUGCGUGCUGAAAGGAGGCUACAAGUUCUUUGCAGACCUCCUGGACUACAUCAAGGCGCUGAACCGGAACAGUGACCGCUCCAUCCCUAUGACAGUGGACUUCAUUCGCCUCAAGAGCUACUGUAAUGACCAGUCAACAGGAGAAAUCAAAGUCAUUGGAGGAGAUGACUUGUCUACUCUGACAGGCAAGAAUGUGCUGAUUGUCGAGGAUAUUAUCGACACGGGAAAGACCAUGAAGACAUUAUUGCAACUCCUCAAACAGUACAAUCCUAAAAUGGUUAAAGUGGCAAGUUUGUUGGUGAAGAGGACGCCAAGAAGUGUUGGGUACAGACCAGACUUUAUAGGCUUUGAGGUUCCUGACAAAUUUGUGGUGGGGUAUGCGCUAGACUACAACGAGUACUUUCGAGAUCUAAACCAUAUCUGCGUCAUUAGCGAAACAGGGAAGGAGAAGUACAAGGCAUGA